GAGCUAGUUAGUUUGGCAGCAGCGCAUUGACUUACGGGUGGAAACACAGGCAGAGAAAGAGGUUUCUGCAGAAUGUCCCCAAUGCUCAUGUGUUUUCUCUUCCUGCUUUCCCUUGGAACUUCAGCUUCAGAAGGAAAUGUGGCCAAUGAGGAGCUAAGAAUCAUCACAGUUGCAGAAAAGGAUUCUGUCAAUAUUACCUGCAAGUUUAGUCAUAAGAUUGAUUCAAUGUAUUUGAAACAAAUCUGCUCAGGUACCAUCUGUAACACAGUUAAUGUGCUGUAUGUUAGACGUUAUGAUCAAACCAAGAAAGAAAAUCUUAAAUUUGCAAAUCGCACGGAAUACUUCCAGGAAGAUACUUCCACUGCAAUAAUAAGGUUGCAAAACCUCACGAUGAACGACACCGGUGUCUACACGUGUGAGUCAAAACUGCAAAAACUAUGUUUCGUGCUGCAAGUGAAAGCCGAAGGAGAAAUGGUGCUCGCAAAGAGGUCUUCAUGUUCCCAGAGUUCUUCAUCUUCCUGGAUGCUGUACAUCAUUAUCAUCCUGUCCCUGCUCUUGGUUUCUACAGUGGGAUUGUGUAUCCUGUUUCAUAAAGACCAGAUCAAGAAAUACUGCAAAAAAGGAAAGAAACAUGAAGCACGAAUGACAGUCUAUGAAGACAUGACUUCCAAUUGGAAUCGCAGCAAUGUGACUAAACCAAAUCCUUACUGUAGAGUUGCGCAGAAAGAAUAAUGCUGUUGAAAUUUCCCAGAAUGAAAAUGUAGUUUCAGAAUUGUUUCAGGUUGUGAAAUUUAUGUUGAUGGUCUGCCAAAUACAUGCUUCCUGAACUUCAGUUUCCACGGAGUGCACAUGUGAAGUUCAAAAUGUGAGUUCUAAACUGAAAUUCUAAAAUUCAUAUGAAGCUUUUAUGCCUCAGAUUUUAUCUUACAAUCAAGAUGGUUUGAGCCCUCUAUAUACAUGAGGGUCAGUAGUCCACUGUUACUGUACAGGAACCACUGUAUAGACCAUAUCUGGUCCUUCUGAAACAGUUCUCCAGUCAUGUUAUGUUAGCUAUGUGUUGAUAACAUAACAUGAUGCAUUACCUACAGAAGUGAAUUCCCGAGCUAAGAGGGUCAGGAAAAUGUGUGAAAUAUUUAGAUUCAUUUUGCACAGAACAACAGUUCCUGGGCUGUUUAACCCAGGAAUCUUAAGGGCUGCGUGGCAGCAGGUACCCAGGAAUUGUUAUUCCAUGCAAACAAGGGCUUACAGCAGUAUUAAGCUGUAGCGUUCUUCCUGACCAAUUCCAAUUCAGUUUAUGUAGAAACUGAAACUGAAGAAGGAAUGUGCUUUUUGACAUCUGCAUGUCUCUCUGUUUAUUAGAAUUUUGCAUAGCUGUUUUGGCAGUUAUGGCUCUGAUUUUUCAGUUCAACAAAAUAAUUUUUCAGUGCACUGUAAUAGCAGGCAUUAGUGUCUCACAUCUGAGGCUAAAUAAUGGAAAUGUUGGGAAAUAGUUGGAAGAAAAGUCAUAAUUUCUUUUUGAACAUGACACUGAGAGAAACGUGUCAUAGGAUUAUGAUGAUAUGGUAACACAAGCUUUUGUACACAAAAUCAAUAAUUAUUAUUCCAUUCUUUCUUGGAAGUGUAAAGACAUUUUCAUAAUGCUAUAAAUGUUCCUUAGCUCAAAUUCUAGAAACAAAGCAAAAUUGAUUAUUGGAAGUCCUAUUUUGAGGCUAUGAAAUGCCUUUGCUCCAGGUGAUGUUUCUUUUGAACUUUAUUAAGGAGUAAUACAGAGGGAUUUGUCAAUUUCAGUUUAUCCCAGUUUCUCAUUGUUCCUAUCUCAAGACUGGUUCAUCCUGAAAUUUGAUAAUGUCUUUGUAAAUGCGACUUUCGCAUGACAGUUUGUAAUCAUUUUGUAUUCAUUUCUCCAAAUCCAUGUAUUUUUAUGCUUCUUUUGCCUAAUAUACACAUUAUUUGCCAGAAAUGUGCCUAACGUAACACACACUUGAACAUUAUUUCUCCUGAUACACACAUUUUAUAUAUGUUCUAUAACUGUCCUUCUGUGGAAAAUUGGAAAUAUGGAAUGUGGGAUGUACAAUGGCAUCAAGAGGGAUUCUGUGGCCUCCAGCCAUCACCUGGGAUGCCACAGGAUUAUUUGGAGUCCCAGCUCUGAGGUCCUGCAGUCACAAAGAAGGGGCUCCAAAGGCCAAGCCCUGCCCUUCCCUCCUUGCAGCUAAUGCCAAAGAGCAUGCUGGCUGUCUCUCGCCGCCGGAGCUUAUGACUGGGCCUCAGGAACACACUCAAGGAUUGUGCCAGAGGGCAGAAAGGAGGAGGCUGGGGCUGAGAGUUUAUGCCAGUUCCUGCUGAAGUCCCAUCCCUGGCGCUUUAUCUAGAUGGCUGAAAAUGACCAUCUAUAGGGAGUUUGCAGGGGAGGAAAAAUGCAGGGCCACUCUUCAGUCCUACCACUGGAUGCUCAUAAGCCUCUGAGUUUGGGGGUUUAUGUGCCUCUGCCCCAGGGCAGGCAGUUGGACUGAGCCUGACCUCACUGCAUUUGGAGUAAAAGAAAGCAGAGAGGUGUGGGAUGCAUUUAAAGCAGGGCUGGUCCACUUGCAGGUCUCCUUAUCUCAACUCCCGUCUUCUUUCACCGGUCCCUAUACUGGCUCACCGCAAGAACUGGGGGGCCACAAGUUGCCUACUUCUGCUUUGAAGAAAAGGAAAAGGAGAAAGCAUGUAUGGAUUGUUAAAAGGAUUUAGUAUGCUCUCAUGCGAAACAUUAUUUUCUUUACAUUUCAUUUCAUUUGUUUGUUGUUUGUUGGUAUUGCUGUAAACUGCUCAGAAAGCUCCAGCUAUUGGAUGGUAUAGACAUAAAUAAAUAAAUUCCAAAAGGCUAUGUUUUGCAGCCUGGCAUACUGUGUUUUAUUUUUACAUUUUGUAUUGUUAAACCAUCCCGAGACUUCAGUAAUGGGAUGGUCUAGAAAUGUUAUAAAUAAAUAAAUGAAUAAG